UUUACAAUAAAUAUUCGAAUGUUUCAAAUCACACGAAAAAUUACCACAAAAAUAGCCCAGAGGUACACAAAAACUUCGUUAACAUCCUCCGUGGUGCCAGUUAACAAAUUCGAUCAAAUUAAUUUCAAAAAUGAGCCCAUAUUAGAAUAUAAUAAAGGAUCAGAGGAACUAAUUAAUUUAGAAAAAUCAUUGGAACACUACUCAUGUAAUGUAGAAGAAAUUCCAAUUGUAAUUGGUGGCAAAGAAAUCCAAACAAAUCAAAAACGUUGCCAACGAAUGCCUCAUAAACAUAAUCAUAUUAUAGCCAAAUAUUAUUAUGCAGAUCAGCAUAUUAUAAAUCAAGCUAUCAAGGCCACAAAGGAUAAAAAAGAAGAAUGGGAUAAUACUCCCUACCAGACACGUGUAGAAUGUUGGGAGAGAGCAGCUUGUUUAAUGGCAACCAAAUAUCGAGCUGAUUUAGUAGCCACUACUAUGUUGGGCCAAGCCAAAACUGUUUAUCAAGCUGAAAUAGAUGCUGCAGCCGAAUUGAUUGAUUUUACCCGCUUGAAUGCUGAGUUCUUGAAAGUAUUCGCAAAUUAUGAGCCCUUAAAUCCAAAAACGAAAAUUUACAAAAAUCAUACGAUAUGGAGAGGUUUGGAUGGCUUUGUUGCGUCCAUAAGCCCUUUCAACUUUACUGCCAUUGGUGCUAAUUUAACUUUUACGCCAGCGUUAAUGGGCAACACUGUUCUCUGGAAACCCGCCGAUAACGCCAUGCUAUCUAGUUGGUUAGUUUACAAGAUAAUGAGUGAAGCUGGAUUACCCGAUGGUGUGGUGAAUUUUAUUCCAGCUGAUGGCCCAGUCUUUGGCAAUGCUGUUACAUAUUCUCAAAAUUUGGGUGGCAUUAACUUUACUGGCUCCAUUGUGACCUUCCGUACUCUAUGGAAGUUAGUAGCAAAACAUUUAGAUUUUCAUAAAACAUUCCCUCGACUAUGCGGAGAAUGUGGAGGUAAAAACUAUCACUUUGUUCAUUCUUCAGCCGAUGUGGAUACUGUAGUAGCUAGCACAAUACGCAGUGCAUUUGAAUACAGCGGUCAAAAGUGUUCGGCAUGUUCGAGGCUGUAUGUACCCAAAAACCUAUGGGAGAGUAAAAUUAAGAAACCUCUCUGUGAUCUAACCAGUCAAUUGGUCAUUGGAGAUGCUUGUGAUUAUAAAACGUUUACGUCAGCUGUUAUCGACGAAAAAGCCUUCUUACGCAUUGCUGACUAUUUGGACUAUGCCAAAUCAAAUUCGCAAUGUGAUGUUCUGGUCGGAGGUGGUUGUUCGAAUUUACAUGGAUUUUUCAUUGAACCCACCAUAGUCGUAGUACGUGAUCCAGAAGAUCGACUAUUUAAAGAGGAAAUAUUGGGUCCCAUACUGUCGGUCUAUGUUUACGAAGAGGAGGAUGAAGACAAAACAAUAGAAUUAGUACGCAAUACUCCUAAAUAUGCCUUAACUGGUGCGGUAUUUGCUACAGAUGAGAAAUUCCUAAAAGAAGCUUUAUGGAAAUUUAAAAGUACUGCGGGUAAUUUUUAUAUAAAUGAUAAAUCAACAGGUGCUGUUGUGGGCCAACAAGCAUUUGGUGGUGGACAAUUGUCGGGAACCAAUGAUAAGCCUGGCAGUCCUUACUAUUUAUUACGCUGGACUUCGCCACAAACUAUUAAGGAAACAUUUAUGCCUCAAACAGAUGUUUAUUAUCCAUACAUGAGAAUGCAAAAAACUUGAAACUCGACCGUUAACUAUUUAUUUAAAAAACAUUUAUAACUGUUA